AGAGAGAUCCUGGGCCACUGUACCUGCCCGUCCCAGUUCCCCAUGGUCAAAGUCUCGGAGGGCAAAUACCAAGUCGGAGACUCCAACGCGCUCAUCUUCGUCCGGGUUCUCCGCAGCCACGUGAUGGUGCGAGUAGGUGGGGGCUGGGACACCUUGGAGCACUACCUGGAUAAACAUGAUCCGUGCCGGUGUACCUCUGUCUCUCACCGUCUGACGCAGAGUCGGGGUCUUGGCUUCUCCCCCCAGAAGACAAGCGGUCUGGCCAGUCCCCAGGCAAACAGCCCCACCACUCAGCGUCGGGCCGAAGCUGUGGGUCUGCAUAGAAUCACCGAGACCCACCACUUGGGGGAGAAACGGCUCUUGGCUGGGGGGGACUCGGCUCAACCCAAAGGAAACCGCCCCGGCCCUCCCACCAAGAGAUCUGGGACGGCUACCCCGCCGAGGCAGGGAACGCUGGCCCCACCAAGUGGGAAAUGCAGUGGGUCAGGUCUGAGGGGCGCCAGCCCUCUCAGGGGGAGCAUGCCCCAAGCCCCCCAGGACCCGGGAGAUUCCCACCUCUCAGUCAGGAACCCCAGGGCUCGGCGUCUUUCCGGAGACAGCGAUUCCUCUUCCUCCUCCUCUAGGCACAGUGCCAGCUUGGGAAGGAAGCGGAACGAGGAUGCCAGCCUGGCACUCAGGAAGGAGGCUGGGAGGCACAUCUCCGAGGGGCCAGCCUCCCAGCUCCCUGCCAGUCCCAAACGUCUACCAGCCAGCCGGAGUCAGUCGCGAGACCGUCUCAGCUUGCCGAAAGGUGUGGCGGUGGCUAGGAGGAUUGAGUCAGAAGAGCGGGGCCGUCCUCGCGUGACAAGCCGGCCCAGCAAGCCUGGACUGCAGAGCCCUCGUCCCCGGGCCCGCAGCCAGGGAAGGCCUGGAGGAGAGCCCGUGCUGCUUAUCAGCCGAGCAAAGGAUGGACAGCAUUCCUGGACCCGGGCCGACGAGCCCAAGGAGAAUGCCGGGGGCUCUGGAAGAACCACCCCCAGGACCAAGAGCCCAGCAAGGGGUCACCUGACCCCGGUGGGGUCCCGAAGCCCUGCCUCCACCAAGCGCCGGGGUUCCCUGCCCGCCACAAAAAUGGCCAAUCCCUCCGCGCGAAUCCCUCCACCGGCCACAGGACGUCAGCGACAGCCCUGCUUAUCCGGACAACGUGGGAUCGUGAAACAGCCCCAGUUGGGGGAGCGUCGGCCCUCCAAGCAGCCUGAUGACACUUUAGGAGAAGAGCUGGAGGUGAUGGCGCAGGCUUUCCGCACCCCGCUACACCUCGAUCCGAGCCAGGAGCAGCAGCUCUACCGGCGCCUGGAGGAAGAAUUCCUGGCCAAUGCUCAGAUGAUGGGUUUGGAACUAAACGAAGAGCUGGAUGUGGGGAGCCAGGCCUGUAACGGUGCCCGACUCUUGCCCACGAAUCCGGACCAAGGCACUGCCGACUCUGCCUACUGUUCCUCCAGCUCAUCCUCUUCCUCCCUCAACGUCUUCAGCAAAUACGGCGUCCAACCCGAGGAAUCCAAGCGGAAGGCAGCCCACCAGGUGAUGGGAGGUUCCGAGCUGGUGGAUUUCCACAAUGGCUCGGCAGAUGCUUCCGAGCUCUGGGACUCAUCCGGAUUCCGUGAGCGAAGGAGCCGCUGGAGGAAACCCGUCCUUUCGAGCUCGUCCGAUGAAAGCAACUGCUACCUGGGACUGAACGACGUCCAGGAAGUCCAGGAGAGUCUGGAGUUGGCCGAGCCUCUGGCGGAUAGCCCCUGGGCUGCUGGGGAGCCGGUCCCUUCCCACACAGAGCUGGGACCCUCCCUCCAGGAUGGCCUGGAGACCCUUGGCACAUCCCCUUCGGCUCUUGCCCUGGAAGAAGUCGUGCUCCGUCCCCCGUCGUCCCUGAGGAAGCCCGACCGCGUGCCUUCCAUCUACAAGUUGAAGCUGCGCUCGCAAAUUAAGCCUCGUGCCGACUCCCAACCGGACAAGACCCCGUCGAAAAUCCCUACUCCCCUCAGCUACAAGGCUUCUGGAGCCCAGAAGGCUCCAACGGGAAGCGCCUCUUCCAAGGACAGCCCAGCUAGAGGUCCCUCCGAGAGCCGGGGCUGGACAGCCUUCCACAACAUCUUCUCUUCGUCCUUCGGGGAGUGUCCCGGGAGUUCAGUGGAGUCCAGCAUGGCUAAUGAGGGGGCUUGGGCCUAGGCACCGGUGGACAGUACAUCCCCCCUCUCCUCCCCCCCUUGCACCCGCUUCUGUGGUCCUGGCCUUCUCUUUCCAGCUGCUUUCUUGGACCUCUUCCCAGUGUGACUUUGUCAUAUGCUGCUGUGCAGAGGGGUUUUUUAUUUUGGGUGAUGGGAGGAGAAGGGGGACGCGGGGAGAAAGCCUUGCAUUGCAAAAGGGGACCCAUCCUUCUAUAUUUUAUUUUUGGAGCAUGAGGCUGGAAGACGGCGGAGCUUAAAUGGCAGUACCAGGAGGUUGGGGCUUAGGUUGCAUGUGUGUGUGUGGUGUUGUUGUCGGGAGGGCGCGUAUGUGUGAAAGGCUUGUAUGGGAACGUCCUUUAACACUGGAUACUAAAGGGAGCCUCAGGGUUAAUAUUCACUCCUUUGGUCAAUCACUGUCCAGCUUCUGCCAUCUUGGCGUUUCUGUAACCGUCUAUGUUCCGCACAAUUAGUCCUCGAUGUACGAAGAUAUAAACCGCCAACCUCCGUCACGUAAGUGAUAUGGUUGGUAAGUGCCCGAUUUAAUUACCUGUUUCACCGCGGUGGUUAAGCAAAUCCACCUGCCCCAUUUAACUUCUUCAGAAUCCCCCCGAAAGGGUCUCAAACAAUCACAUGAUGCCCCCUUCCCUGGAGGCUGUCACCACCAUAAAGAUACUGGCUGCCAAGCACCUGAAGUUUGAUCGCGGGGCAGCCGCCAGUGCAAGAUUCAUUGGCAAGUCAAGAGUUUUUGGUGCCGUCAUAACGUUUGAAUGGUGGUUUAAAAAUGGCCGCCAGUCAAGGAGUAUUUGUGGCACAUCUGUGGGUGAAAUUCGGAGGUUUUUUUUCCCUUUUCAGCAAAGCCCUUAUUUCUUUUGGAGUUUUAUCAUUUGCCCUUUAUCAGGGCAACCUGGUCUACUCGAAUAUGGGACGGAGUGUACCGCUUCCGCUUCUGGCUCUCCCCGCCCCGCCCCCAAUCCAGGAGCCUUCGCAGGCAGUCGCUUUCGUGACAAACUAUCUUUGUGUUACAUUUAUGUUUUUUUUACCAACCAAGAAAUAAAGGGGGACUAGCAUAGAUCUAUUUCGAGCUAUUUCAAGAGCCACGGUGGCGCAGUGGUUAGAGUGCAGUACUGCAGACCACUUCUGCUGACUGCCAGCUGCCUGCAGUUUGGCAGUUCAAAUCCCACCAGGCUCAAGGUUGACUCCGCUUUCUGUCCUUCCAAGUGGGUAAAA